AUGGAGAUCUUCAAAAAACUGGAGAUCAACAUACCCUUCUCAGAAGCCUUGCAGCAAAUGCCUUCAUAUGCAAAAUUUUUGAAGGAACUCCUCUCUAAGAAAAGAAAGUACAUUGAAGAGGAAACAAUUGAGGUACAGGGCAACUGCAGUGCCAUCAUACAAAAAUUAUUGCCUCCUAAGUUGAAAGAUCCAAGAAGUUUCACUAUCCCUUGCACUAUAGGGAAUAUCUCUGUUGGGAAAGCACUAAUUGAUUUGGGGGCCAGUAUCAAUCUCAUGUCACUCUCCAUGUUUGAAAAAAUUGAAGGCUUGGAACUUAAGCCUACCCGGAUGACUCUCCAACUAACAGAUAGAUCUCUAAAAUAUCCUUAUGGGGUAGUUGGGGACGUGUUGGUAAAAGUGGACAAGUUCCUGUUUCCUAUUGAUUUUGUUAUCAUGGAGAUGGAAGAAGAUGUGAAUGUUCCUCUUAUUCUUGGGAGACCUUUCAUGAAGACUGCAAGAGUCCUAAUUGAUGUGGAAAAUGGCAAGCUGAAGGUGAGAGUGCAAGAUGAAGAAGUAAAUCAUGAUGUCUUUCAAGCCAUGUCUCACCCAAAAGAUGAUAAGGGUUGUUUCCCUCUUGACACUCUUGACAAAAUAUGCAUGAUUCAAGAAAAGGAGAUAUGUGAUGUUCCCUCUUUGGAAGAAACACUUGAUGACAAUUAUGAAAAAUUGAUUGAGGAAGGUUUGGAUAAUUUUGAAGAAUUAAAGAAGGCCCCUCUGUUGAACUCAGAGGAAAAAGUUAAGGAAAGAAAACCAAAGUUGAAAAUGUUACCUCCACACUUGAAAUAUGUGUUUUUAGAAGAAGGGGUAAACAAGCCAGACAUCAUCAGUAAUUAUCUCUCCCCCAAAGAAGAAGAAAAAUUAAUUGAAAUCCUCAAAGCCAAUAAAGGAGCUAUUGGAUGGUCAAUAUCAGAUCUCAAAGGCAUAAGCCCAACUUAUUGCACGCACAAAAUAUUCAUGGAGGAUGACUACAGUUGA